AUGUCUGGUCAUUCGACCGCCAAGGUGGCGUUCAGAUCCUCCUCCCAGCCACAGCGGCGACAGAACACCAGUUGCGAUCCUUGUCGACGCUCCAAACGGCGCUGCUUCUUUCCUUUAGAUGGGUUAGAUAACUUGAAUGACCCUUGCGCACAUUGCAGGCGCUUAGGCCAUGCAUGCACCUUCAAUUUUGCUGCGUCUCAACAGAAUCUGAGGCGAAAGAGACAGCGACGCAACCCACCAAGCCCCGAUCGGAAAGGAGAUCAUGAUACAUCUCCACAUAAUGAAUCAUUUGAUCUACCUAUGGGCCUGAGAGAAGACACAUCCCGAACUGGCUCCGUGGACGCACAAGAUGACUUUGCAGCAUGGCUCAACUUUGAUGUUGAGCAGUCCUUCAGCGACAAUGUUACAUUACCCUUGACUGAUGUAGUCAAUGCAAGCGAAUAUACUGCAUCGUGCUUAGGAUUAACGGAAACGCCUGCACGUUGGAACGAACGUCAACUCGCUCUUCUGCCAGAUCGCUCGCGAGGGAUGCAGUCAUCCCAGUAUAGUGCAGAUGACAUUAUUGGGAGCUCCAUAAGAAGUCCAGUCCGUCUAUUGAAUUCAAAAAUGGAUGCUAUGAUGCUCGACGAACGUUCUAUCCGGAUAUUUGACACUAUCGUGACUGGAUCUGCGAACAGAUUCCUGGACUAUGAAUGCAAUUUAUAUGCGACAGGAACUCCUUAUCAGAUAGAGAACUGCAGAUCAGAGAGCUCACAAGGAUCUUCGCCCGCAAAUCUGAAAGCCCUGAGGGAUGAGCCAGCCACGGAAUCUGCGAUCGCAUCACCACAAUCAGCCAAACUUUCGCUCAUUCCCACACAAGACUCAAGAGAAGUACCAACGCGUGCUCUUGUUCCUCCAAGAGAUGAUGACUUCAAAAUGACUUUACUCGGGUGCGCUCUGUUCUUGGAUCAUUUUGGGGAUUUAUAUGGUAAUCGGUUGAGCCCAACUGAUCGAAAGAAAUCAGACGCGGCCUUGAAAUCAACGUUUCGAGCAUUUUCGUUUCAAUGGUUAUCAAAUGAUAAGACCAGAGGGAGACAAACGGCACGGAGUACCUCUCUAGAUGUCUACACUGAUGCGUGGCAUCGGGCACGAUCAUCACUCAAUGACACGCACUCGGUUCGUUCGUUCCGCGUUGUCUUUGCUUCCUUCAUGUUCAACGGCAUCGCCACACCGAUAUCAGCACGUCCAAAUUCUACAGCUCAUGAGUUUUUGGACACAGCAUUAGAAAGGCUUGGUGAACUUGACGGACUUGUCAAGCAAUACUGUACAACUUUGGGACCUUUCUCCAAAUAUGCAGCCCUUUUAGAGGCCAGCUUAAGUAUUGUCUGUUGGUGUGGUUACCUCCGUGGUACUGGAGCAGCUCUCUUUGGUGAUCAUCCGUGCAAGUUGCCCUACACUCUUGUCCAUUCGAAUAGCGACGACUUGACUCCAAAUUAUUCAAUCUAUCGCAACUUGGAAGAUUUGGAUUUGAAUAUCCCAGCCAUAUGUCGAAAAGCAUCAGCAGAAGCAUUCUGCAUUUGGAGACAGAUGAUAAACGUAAAAAGCACUCUGCCCAGAGCCCCCAAUCCUAACUUUUGUCCUACUUCCGAUCUACUCGAGUCAAUCACCAAUACGCUGGUCGCUAUUGGAAAGUUUGAUAAGUGCUUCAGGCAUUUCUUGAACAAUUGCAGAGAAAACUUUCAUAGCCUAUCUAUUCCAUCGAGAAUUGCUUCAGUAUCUCUCAUGGCUUUCUGGUACCUUGGAGUCCUCAUCUUUGCUGAAAUACUACAACCGCUGAGAACCACCGCUAUCCCAGACCUUUCCUCGAAAAUGAAAACUUGCCGAAGAGAUGCAACAUCUUCAAUGGCAGACAUCAUUGAAUGCGUGUUGCAACUACCCGUCGAAGAGGCUUUCAAUCUCCAAAAUGGAUUGAGUGCCGAUGUUCCCCUCAUCGCCUACCACGUCACUCCGAGCUUAAUGGUCACUGCCUUGGAGAAGGCCGUGGAGCAUAUUAUUGACAUGCAAACUUCUUAUAACCAUAAUGAGGAGCCAGUUGGCACUUCAUGGGAUUCUCGUGAGGAGACAUGGACGCGACAAAUUGACUACCUAAUGAAAGGACUUCUUUCUCUGGAAGUAACCGUUGGUGGAUCUCAGACCGCCGGUGUCGCUUUUCAAUCGCUCAUGCGAAAACACGGUGAUAUUAUUUCGGAAUGUUGGACCUCAGACUUUGAGACAUAG